GGGCAUGUUUUGACGCGCCUAGGUCCACUAUGCGCCCGGAGCGGCGUUCCACCCGCGGACGCGACCUUUCUCCCGAGACUGGGGAGUCUAGCGACCGUGCGACCACCUCCCCGAUCGUGGAAAUUCCCAGCUCUCCUUCCAGCAUGGCCACAGACGCCCCUAUGGACGGUCCUGUGCCUGCGAAAAUCGCUUCCCCCGCUCCGAACACACUCCCCGCGCUUCUGACAACUGUUCUUGACGAAACUGGUCGCGCUG